AUGCGGUUACGCCUGAUCAAUGCGCCGGCUUUGUUCCUUCUCGGCACACUUUUCAUCGCGUCAGGUAGAGCAAGAUCUAAAAAUCAGAGAGAAUCGGGGGUUUUCAGAAGCGCAACUGGCCGCGAUGACGAUCGAUCUCGGAACCCAAUUUCUCAAAAUCGGAAUUGUGAAACCAGGAAUUCCAAUGGACAUUGCGCUCAAUACGGAGUCGAGAAGGAAGACGCCAAAUGUGAUGAUGAUCCACGACGGACACAGGACGUUCGCCGACGCCGCAAUUGGUCUGCAGAUCCGUUACCCACAUCUUGUGCACGGACAACUCAAUGAUCUCGUCGCAAAAUCCACCGAACACCCGUCUUUUGAGCUGUUCAAGAAGAGAAACACCUUCUACGAGAUCGACGAGUCUCCAAAAAAUGCAUCUUCUGUCAGCUUCAAAUUGGGGUCAUUACUUUUUCAGAUUCUUUACGGGUCAAGUAAAAUGAAAUGUUUCAGAGGCGAGAGUUACACCGUCGAAGCCCUCACUGCGAUGAUCCUCGCUAACGCAAAGAAGUUCACCGAAGAAUACGCACAAGCCUCUGAAAUCAAGGACGUCGUAAUCACAGUGCCCGUUUACUUCACUCCCGCCGAACGAUUGGCCGUUGAACGCGCCGCACAGAUGGCUGGUUUCACUGUUCUCCAGCUGAUGAACGACGGAACGGCAGCCGCUUUGAGCCACGGAAUCUUCAGAAGAAAGGAAAUUACCGAGAAGCCGCAAAGAUUGAUGAUUUACGACAUGGGAGCUGCCAAGACAACGGCCACUGUCGUCGAGUUCAAGCUGGCCAAGGAGAAAUACGAGAAGCAGCCGAAGAUGACGGUCCUCGGAGUCGGAUACGAUAGAACCCUCGGAGGAAUCGAGAUGACGAACCGACUGAGAGAUCAUAUCGUCGAGUUGUUUGAGGAAGCGUACAAACCAAAGACAAAGGUGAAUACGAACAGACGGGCAAUGGCCAAGUUCUCGAAGGAAGCCGAGCGACUGAAGCAGGUGCUUUCUGCGAACGCGGAACACUUUGCUCAAAUCGAGAGUGCCCAUGAGGAUAUCGACGCCAAGUUGAAAGUGACUCGUGAUGAUUUCAACCGACUCAUCGCCGAUUUGGAGCCCCGCUUCGGAGAGCCAAUCGAGCAAGCUCUGAGAAUGGCUCAGAUUCCCAUUGAAGACGUCGAUCAAUUCGUGCUGAUGGGAGCUGGAACAAGAGUGCCGAAGGUGCAGGAAAUCAUUCAAAAAACGAUCGGAACGUGAGUCAGAGGGGCAGCCGCAUGCGCAGCAAUGUCUAAACCACUUUCUGCGUCAGUUCUCUCGACCCCAGUGGUGUAUGCGGUUGCGCGUGUCUCUAGAUUGCAUGCCGCAGGGUUCGUUGCCCACUCACUGCGUCUCUCCAACCCGAGCAAAUUAGCAACUCGUUGCCGUGGUCUGUUCGACUGUUUGAGACGCAAUAUGAACAAGAUUGGCGUUUUCGCUAACACCGGGUCCUUUGACCGGAGUUUGAUAGUAGGUCGCUGAACAAUUUUUGCGUUUUCAGGAAAGAAAUCGGAAAAUUCCUGAACACCGACGAGGCCGUCGCAAUGGGUGCUCUCUUCCAAGCUGCUCAUCUCAGCAAAGGAUUCAAGGUUAAGCCGUUCAACGUUGAGGAGAAGGUGCUGUUCCCGGUGGAAGUGCACUUUGUAAGCAAAGUGAAAGAUGAGAAGACGCAGGAGAUUACCGGAGAGAAGAACGUUGUGAAAACUCUUUUCGCCGCCAAUUCUAUCUAUCCAACUUCUCCGAAGACGAUCUCAUUGACAUCGUAUUCCAACGAUUUCUCUAUUGCGCUGAAAUAUGGCUCUAUUGAGAACCUCACGAAGAAGCAGAUCCAGGAAAUCGGAACUCUUCUGGAUAACCUCAUUGAUGUGGAAAUCAGCGGAUUGACCGAAGCUCGGCAGAACAGAUCAAGCGAAGAGUCCGUGUUCAAGGGAGUCAAGGUCUCCUUCCUCAUUGAUGCUUCGGGAAUCGUGAGAGUCAGAAGAGCAGAAGCUCUGUUCGAGACCAAGUCUGGAAUCGUCGGAAGUAAGAAUAUCCCAAUUUUGUGUUGUCUUUAUGUUGUCUUUCCAGCAAUCGCCAGCACUAUCAGCGGAUUGUUCUCUUCAAAGACCGAGGAAGGAGAGCCGACAACUGAUGAGGCGACUGGAACGACGUCGAACGAGGACAAAGAGAAGGAAGAGAAAGUCGAGGAGAGAGAUGUUCAGAAACCGGAAGAGCCGGCUCCAGAAGCACCUGUCAAUGCUACUUCUGAAGAAACUGUCAAGGUGAACGGAACGGAAGAAACUGCCACUGCCGGCAAUAAAACGGAAACGGAAGAAAAGAACAGCGAAUUGCCAUUCAUUGUCCGUCUUCGUAUCAUCAACAAGUACCCAUCCGCCUAUGUUCCCAACAAGUACGAUGUGCAGGAGGAGAAACGGCGACUGGAGGCGUUCGCGGAGAAGGAAAGACUUGCGGCAGCCCGAGCAGCAGCUGAGAAUGAGCUGGAGUCGUUCAAUUUCGAGUGCUCGCAGUAUUUGGAAGAGACCGACUUCACCGAGUUUUUGACUGAGGAGGAGAAGACGAAACUGGAGGAGGACGUGAAGAGAAUCCGUACCUGGCUGGAAGAUGACGUCACGAAAGACACUCCGACGAUAGAGUUCACCGAUAAUUUGCUUGGACUCAAGAAUAUCGUCAGAAGUGUUAAAAAGAGACGUGAACUUCAGACGGCAGUGCCCGAGAAGAUGAAGGAGCUGGAAACUCUUCUCAAUACCACAUACACUCUUGCCAAGAUGGGAGACAAUGCUAAUGAGGAAAAGGCUCUUUUCAAGAAGGUAAAACUUCUGUUUCCGAGGGAUCUUGUAGAUAUUUUGUGUUUCAGGAAGACCGUGAAGCUCUAAAAACGAAGCUGGACAAGCUUAAAACGUGGGUUACAGAUGGAAGAACGCAUCUGGAUACGAAAAAGAAAACCGACGAUUUCAACAUUACUGCAAAAGAUGUCGAAAGCAAGGUACAACUCCGUCACAGUAACAUUUUUCAAUCCGACGUUCCAGAUCAAAAACUUGAACCGCGAGGUGGAUCGGUUCAUGAAGAAAAUGAAGAGGAUCACAACGCUGGACGAUCUGGCUAAAGACGGAAAGAUCAACAUUGAUGACAUCGCCGCAGAAGGCGAGAAAAAAAAACAGGCAGAAGAGAAGAAGCAGAAGCAGCAGCACAAGAAGAAGGCGAACGAGACUGUCGAGGAGGCGACGAAGACGGCGGAGAGCGAGGCCGAGCCGAAGACUGAGCUUUAA